AUGCUGUGGGUCACGACCGUCGUACUUUGGGCUUCAGUGAGCCAUGUGUAUGGCUACAGCAAGCAGUUCCCUCCAGGAUUCAAGUUCGGAGCCGCCACUGCUGCAUACCAGGUAGAAGGAGCUUAUAAUGUCAGUGAUAAAGGAGAAUGCAAAUGGGACCGCCUGACCCACAGAUACCCUGAACUGUUCACCAACCAUGACAACGGUGAUAAUGCCUGCAAGUCCUAUUAUUAUUGGAGGAGAGACAUUGAGAUGGCUGCUGAGUUAGGCCUUCAGUUCUACAGAUUCUCCAUAUCCUGGCCUCGUCUCUUACCAACUGGUCUCCCGAACGAGAUCAGUGAUGAUGGCAAGAACUACUACAACAACCUGAUCGAUGGUUUGUUGGAGAGGGGAAUCGAACCGAUUGUCAGUAUCUACCAUUGGGAAAUGCCACAACUGCUGCAAGAUCUGGGUGGAUGGGCGAACCCCAAAAUAUCUGACUGGUUCGCUGACUACGCGAGGGUGGUGUUCACUCUCUUCGGGGACCGUGUGAAGAUCUGGCUGACUAUCAAUGAACCUAUCGUGGAGUGCGACUGGUACUACGGUCAAGGCAUCCUAGCUCCACAACUGGACUACUACGUGGGACCCUAUAUGUGCAAUAAGAAUCUCUUAUUGUCCCACGCGAAGGCCUACAGAGUUUACGAUCGUGAGUUCCGUCAUAAGUACCAUGGAAAACUCUCUAUUGUAAACCACCUGCUAUGGCUGAAGCCUUACUCUUCUGAAUAUGAAGAAGACGCAGAAAUCGCAAGACAGUUCCUUACUGGUCGCUACGCUCAUGCCAUAUAUUCCAAGAAGGGAGGAUGGCCAUCAGUGGUGGAAAAAACGGUUGCAAAGGUUAGCAAAGAACAAGGGUUUAGAGAAUCGAGGCUGCCACCUUUUACUAAAGAGGAAAUUGAAUUGGUCAGAGGAACCUAUGACUUUUUCGCCAUGAACCACUACACCUCCCGUUUGGUGAGGACUGCAGAGCCCGAUGAAGACGUCGUGGAGUCUCUCUUCACAUACAUCCCUGAUGCUGAUCUGGUGCUGGAGAAUGACCCCACCUGGACUUAUGGUUACAGUGAGACUAUGCCGAUAUACCCUCCAGGCAUAAGGGAACAAAUGGAAUGGGUGAGGAAGCAUUAUGGAGACGUAGACAUCUUCAUCACAGAAAAUGGCUACUCCACAGGAGGAUCCAACCUGGAUGACGAUGCUAGAAUCUCAUACAUCAGAUCGUAUUUAGAAGAGGUCCUUUUGGCUAUUCAAGAAGGUAUCAACGUGAUUGGAUACACCUACUGGUCUCUGAUGGAUAACUUCGAGUGGACCGGUGGUUACGGAACCAAAUUCGGAUUAUAUGAAGUGGACUUCUCAGAUCCGCAUCGCAAACGUACAGCGCGGAAAUCUGCCCGAUACUAUGCAGACCUCAUCAGCAACAGAUCUUUGUACAUUCCACCAGCAUGCCAAAGUAAUAGUUUUAAAUAAAUGAUAUAUUUAUAUUAUA